CCACACCCGAGCUGGCUAUGAAGAGUGAACCACCGACGUCUGCAGCCCGCCUUGAGGGCUUUGUGGGCCCCGUGCGGGGCAGCGAGCCUGAGCGCUUCUCCCCAGCCCGGUCUGCAGCUGCGACGGCUCUGCUGGAAGAGGCAGCAGACCUCUUAGUCGUGCACUUGGACUUCGGGGCGGCGCUGCAGACGUGCGAUCUAGCGUGUAGGAACCUGGCCAAGUACUCUCCGGCGGAGGAACCCGCGGGCACCUUCUUGGAGGUGAAAUGCUCCCUAUGUAUAGUGGGAAUCCAGGCCCUGGCAGAGAUGGAUCGGUGGCAGGAAGCCCUCUCCUGGGUUCUUCAGUACUACCAGGCCCCUGAAAAGCUACCCCCCAAAAUACUGGAACUUUGUAUUCUUUUAUACAGCAAGAUGCAAGAGCCCAAAACUAUUCUGGAUGUGGUCAGAACUUGGCUUCAAGACUUGGAUAAUCAGGGACUUCCAGAAUACAAAGCCCUGGCAGAACUUUACCUACAGCAUGUACUGCUUCCACUGGGCUGCUUGUCAGAGGCUGAGGAGCUAAUGGUGGGCUCUGCAGUCUUUACUGAGGAACAGCAGCUGGAUGCACUCCAACUCAUAAGUGUAGCAAGACAGCACCACACUCAAAAACACUCUGGCUCUGAGGAAGUUCAGAAACUAAGCCAGGAAGAUGCUUCUUCCAAAACAUUUUUGUCACUACUUUUACUGCUUCGCAGACUUUGGGACUUCACAGUGAGACACUUCUCUUCUUUGCCUUUCAAAAAGAGCCUCCUAACAGCAUUGAUCCUUUGCUUCUUGGUGUUGAGGUUUGAUCGAGCUCCUCCUUUUCCCCUGCCCUUCCUCUGCAGGCUGGCUCAGAUCUUCCAUCGUCUCCGGGAGGUCAUGAUUUCUCACUUCUGGUUCCUGUGAAUGAGUCGUCUUUCCCAUUUAUCCCAACAUACCUUUUCACUCACCUGCAGUUACAGAAGAGACUAACUCAUCCUUGCAGU